AUGGCCCCGGAGCGCGGCGGCCGGUCGCUCCCCGCCGGUACCGAGGGUCUUCCCCGGGUUUUCCUGCAGAGCCUGCGGACUCUUUUCGAUAUCCUGGAUGACCGGCGGCGGGGUUACGUGCACCUACGGGAGAUCGAGUCCCGCUGGCGGGGAGCGGAGGCCCGGGAGCUGCCCGCCGGGGUGAUGGAGGGGCUGCGGCGGGCGGCACCGGCCAGCGGGUACCUCACCUUCGAGCGCUUCGUCCUGGGGCUGCGCGCUGCCCUGCCCGGUGCCGACCCCCCGCUGGAAAGCGGCGGGCGGCGGAGCGGGGAGAAGCCGCCGAGCCCGCGCUGUGCCGAGGAGCGGCGCGGGAAGAGCGCCGGGCAGCGGGAGCCGGGCCGCGGCCAAGGUGAAGGGCGGGGUGGUGAUGCUAAGGCUGCUGGGCAGUCCCAGGGAGAUGGCAGCCAUUCAGGGGCUGGGGAUACUCGGAGGCAUCAGAGGGGACGUGCAGAACACCGGAGACACACCAUUACCAACGGCGUGGACUUCAGCAUGCUGAAGCACAUGAAGGAGCUGGAACAGGAGAAGGAUGUCCUGCUGCAGGGUCUGGAGCUGGUAGAGCGCGCGCGGGAGUGGUACCACCAGCACAUCCAGUUCAUGCAGGAACGCCAGAGGCUCCUGGGGAAGAACAAAACCAGUGCUGAAUUCCUCCCUGAGGGCGGCCAGAGCCACCUGGGGCUCCUGGUCCCCAAGCUGCAGGAGGUGAACCGCUGCCUGGGUGACCUCCUUUCCACUGCCGGCAAGCCAGCAAACCCCUCCUCAGCUCUGAGCAGGCUGGUCCCCGUGGCAUCCCCAGCCUCAGCAGGCUCCCAGCAAGCCAUCAACAUGUUGAAGGAGCAAAACCGGCUUCUCACCAAGGAGGUGACCGACAAGAGCGAACGCAUCACCCAGUUGGAGCAGGAAAAAUCUGCCCUGAUCAAGCAGCUCUUUGAGGCUCGCGCCCGCAAUAACCAUGAAACGAGCCAGCUGGACUCCACCUUCAUCUAG